AAAAAAGUAUGCCUUCUAAGAUUUGGUCGCCUACAUUCCUGGAACCUUUUCGACGUCACACGCCUCCACAACCACGACCACGUGAUAGCGUUGCCUGCCAACCCAAUGCAAUUUCCUCGAAAAGUAACAGGACGCAGAAUCAGAAUAACCCAUACGUGCUAAAUCUCUCUCUGUACAAGUUACACUAAAUUCUGAGAUCUCAAGAAUCCCAUGUGACGAAAUUACGGUAGGCCUAUAUGUUUAUUAGUUGUUUUUUUUCAAUUUAUUGUAGCACCCGGUAACUGACAUUUUAAUUUUAUGACAUUUUCAUUUACUUUUUUUAGUUUCUAGUAAUUUUAGCUUAAUAAAUAUUAAUAUUUUUAACGAGUCACACCAAAAGGGUUAUUUUGUUAUUUGCGUAGAAUCCCUUUUUAAUUUUAUAUGUAUGAUGAGUAUGAGUACUAUGAGGCAUAUCUAUAGUCAUUAUCAUUAGGCCUACUCAUUACUAUUAAAUUUGGUACUUUCAAGUUACAGUAUUAGUAUUAGUAUAACAUCUUAAAUUUAAUCAUAUUUUUAGUUCAUUUAUUAGUAGUAGUAACUAUUAGUAGGCUAUUACUAUUAGUUAAUAAUAUUAUUACUCAAAUUACUAUUAUUACUGUAACUUUACCUACCAACUUAAGUCUUAAGUCUUUUAGAGGAUUUUAUUAUUUAUUAGAAUUAAUGACUUUAUUAUGGAGAUGUAGAUGUGCUAUUAGUUAGUAUUAUUAUUAUAAGUUAGAGAUAGGGUGUCAAAAAUUUUGUGGAGGGGAAUAUGAAUAACCCAAAAUAGAGUGAUUAAAUUUAAAUGGAUAGUUUCUUAUUUUCUUUUGCCUCGCCAAAAAAUUAUAAUCUAUCAAUAUUCAAUUAUUUAGCAGGCCAAUUUAUGACAUAACUCACUAACUCACUAUUCAUAAUCAUUAAAUUUUUUCGCAACUUUAAAUUUAACAUUUAAUUUUAAGUUAUUUUAAAAUACUUCUAGAGAGUUAUAAUCAAUCUGUCAACUACAUUCACAUUAUUAUAUCAAUGAUUGGUAGUAGAUCAGCGUUGAAGCUCAAAUAAGUAGUUCUUACAUAAUUUAACGGUGUGUAACAACCUUAAAGUUAAAGAUGUUUUAAUGGAGCUGCAUAUCAGACAUUCAUAAUCCCAUCUCACUAUUGACUAUUGUGAUCAUUAUAUAGUUUAUUGAUAUUUAUCUUCUUCUUUUCCAGACUGUCAACUACAUAAAUCUCUAGAGUCCUUCAGCAGCAGUGCAGACAUCUAAUUAAGAAGACUUUUUUUUCAAGAAUUAAACAAUUUUAGUUUCAAAAAUUAUAAAAAUGGAAUCUUUUUGGAGCAUUUGGCAAGGCUGGUCCUUUCAAGUUUUUAGCACUGACAAUAGCAAUACCGCAAGAAUCGCAGAAUUUAAUCCUCAAGUGUGUCGUAAAAGAAAAAUGAAAAUGAAGUCUCAAGAGACUUUCUAUCAUACAUACUGAUCAAAGAUUUGUAAAAUUAUUUUUUUAAAAAGGGCAAGAAAGAUAAACUGCUAUUCUGCCCGACAUUCUCAUAGUUAAUAUAUGUGUAUGUGAUAAGUGUGUUAAGUAAAUAAAGUGUUAUUCUGUAUUCAUAUAUUUUUAUCAACAUGACAAAACAAUUUUUGAAUGGCAAUGGCAAACUUGCCAAAUCGAAUUCAAGUUUGCAUGUGACAAGCCCAAAAGAAGUCCAGCACAUAGGAUUAUUUAAUUGUAUUUGUAUUAUAAUUGGUAUCAUAAUUGGAGCUGGGAUAUUUGUGUCUCCUGUUGGGAUCAUCAAGCAUGUUGGAUCUGUUGGUAAGUGAAAUUGUUUAUGCAAAAUUUUCACCACCUAACCUAAUGAUACCAUGGGUCGAAAUUUCCUUUGGGGAACGGUUUUUCGCUAAAUUAAAUAUUUCACUAAAUUAAAUAUGUUUCAUGAAUAUUUUUUAAUUGAAUUUUUAUUUACCACAUGAAGUAUUGUAGUUAUGUCUGCAGAGGAUAGAGUUUUAGUAAAAAAAGUUUUGUUUUACACAAUGUUGAGCUAUAGGAAAGGAUUGUGUUAAAACAUGCAAAUGUAAGUAAGUAAAAUCUGUUAUUUGAACAAUAUAUUUUAUUAAAAUGUUUAGAAAAGGAUGAAAUUAUUUUCAUUUUUUCCCCCCUUUUCAAGGAAUGUCUCUCACUAUGUGGGGAAUAGUUGGUGUUUUCUCAGUACUCUGCGCUCUUUGUUAUGCUGAGCUGGGGGCCUGUUUUCCCCAGUCUGGUGGGGAAUACAUCUACGUCAAGAAAGCUUGGGGUGACUUCUGUGCUUUUAUGUGCCUGUGGAUGAAUAUGAUCAUUAUAUUUCCUGUGUGUGUAGCUACGGCAGGCCUCAUAUUUGCAUCAUAUGUAUUGAAACCUUUUUAUCCUGAGUGUGAACCACCACAGGAAGUCAUCAGAUUGAUAGCUGCAUCAGUUGUAGGUAAGCAAUUAAACUUUUGUCAGUUGUAGUUAAGCAAUUAGAAUUAUACUUUAUCAAUUUUGUUAAGCAAUAUCUGCCAUAAUUAUUUUAUUUUAAGUCUUAUAUAACAGCAACUUGAAUUUUUUUUUUAAGAUUUAACCGCAACCUCAAAUUAAAAUUUUAAAAAUUUAUUAUCAGUAUUGAUAAAAUUAAUAUUAGUCUAUACUUUUUAAUAUAUUUUGUAGUACCUUUUUGUGUUAUUUUAUUGUUAGCUCUCAUUGUGGCCAUCAACAGUCACAAUGUGAACUGGGUGACCAAGCUUCAGAAAUUCAUCACUGUUUGCAAAGUAUUUGCCCUUGUUAUCAUCAUUGUUAUAGGCUUCAUCUGGAUGGGGAAAGGUGAGAUGAAAGUAAUUUUUUUUUUUUUUUUUUUUUUUUUUUUUUUUUUUAACAUAUUGGGGGGGGGGGGGAGCUGUAGUAUUUUUAUAUUAUUGCUUACUAAGUUUACAUUUAAUUCACUGAUCAUUUACAUUUUAGCUCAUGUUUUUUUAUUUUUAACUUCCACUUCCAGACAGCUUGGCCAUAGAGGUAAAGAAUAGAGUAUAUAAAUAUAUAUACAUACACAAUUGUUAUUUAUAUUAUCUUUCAGGAAAUGUUGAAUCUUUUCAAAACUCGUUUGAAGACUCAGACUACAGUGCAGGGGCCAUAACACUGGCAUUUUAUAGUGGAUUUUGGGCUUUUGGUGGAUGGUGAGUUCAUUGUUGUGUAUUGCUCAGGGUUAAGGAAUUGUAAAUUCUGAAUUUCUAUUAUUUUUAGCUAGUCAGAGUAAGAUGCUCAAAAUUUUAGCCUCAGAAUUGGGGAAUAAAUGGAUUUAGCAAUAAUUUUAAAUGCCUUUCUAUUGCAGGCCCCUGUUCAAUGUAUGCAAUUUUAUAUAUUAUACUUUUGGUCUCACAAUGAAAGAAGAAAAUAUUUUUCCAUUUAAAAUGAAGAUAUAAUUUAGUGAAAUUAUCAUUUUUAAAAUCCCAUAGUUUGUUUUGGAUAAAAAUUUCAAUAUUGACCUGAGAUUGUUGUCAUUGCAGGAAUUAUUUUAACUGUGUGACUGGAGAGGUCAUUAACCCUAAACGGUAAGCUACAGCAUCUCAGGGGGGCCACUCAUUUCUUAUCUAAUGAUUAUAAGCUCUACCCCUAACUAAGAAAAAUGCCUCAUGACAUGAUUAUCACUAAAUUCUGGCAAUUAUUUUGCAUGUUGGUUAUUUCAUAAAUUUUUUUUUAUGUCUCACCAUCUAGAAAUCUGCCUCUUGGAAUAAUGAUCUCUAUAACUGUGGUAACUGUCAUCUACGUAACAGUUAAUGUGGCUUAUUUCUCAGUUCUUACACCAAUGGAGAUGUUGCAAUCAUCUGCUGUUGCGGUGGUUAGUAAACUUUAAACAUGUUUUUUGUGCGGAAAAGACAUAUUUGUAAUAUCAUAGUCCAUGAAAGUAUGGAAGGUAUAGGAUAAAACAUUUUUGCAUAAUUUUACAAAUAAUGGAUAAUUUCAUUUCUAAUCUUCUUCUCAUUCAACUUUUUAUUUAGACAUUCUUAGAGAGGACGGUGGUUAGCCUGGCAUAUGUUGUACCUUUCCUUAUUGCUAUCUCGGUCGUUGGGGGCAUCAAUGGUGCAGUCAUGUUGGUCUCAAGGUAAGAAUCAAAAUAUCAUUAACUCACCAAAAUCGAAGCUGCAACCGGAGACGUUGUUUGAUGGUCCAAGCAACUUUUGUGUUUAUUCUACAUUUCAGGCUGUUUGUUGUAGCCGCCAAGAACAACCACCUGCCUCGUAUCAUCUCAAUGAGACAUGUGGAAACAUCCACACCUAUUCCCUCCCUUAUCACCAUGGCAAGUUAACAGUUAAAAAAUAUUUUUUUUUAUAGCUAACGAAAUUUAUCAAAGUAAUAUAUUUGUUCCAUUCAGGACUUUUUAUCUAUAAAUAAGGUAUGGUAUUUGUAUCCAAUAUUAAUAUUUCCAUGACCUCUGCACCAUUUGAUUUUUUAAUCUGUUGUCUGUUUCAUAAAUUAUUUGAAAGUGUCAUUCUCCAACAUUGUAGAAUGUAUAUAUAUUUAAAUGUGAUGUUGGGUUCAUGCACAACCAGUGUCUUAGCUAGUGUUAGUGCCGCUCAGGGCGGGACAAGAUUUUAGCUGUCCAUCCACCAGGAAAAAACUCUGCAGUUGUCUGAAAAAAUGGCCCUCCCCACCACCCUUCCUAUGACAGUGGUGCAAAACACCUAAGAAAACCUAUUAUAAAUGAUAAUGGCCUUCCAAAUUUUUCCCACUUGGAUAGCAUAAUUGAAGAAAAGAAAACCACUAGAGAUGACUUGAGCUUUUAACAAAUAUUUGACCUUAAAGCUUGGAAUUUAGGUAGGAGAAACUAGCCCCCAAGUUUCAUGGCUCAUAUUGGGGCAGAUUGAGGAGUACUAAAUUUUAUUGUUUUAUUGACCCUGGUUGUAGUGGGAAGAUUUACUAUUUAUGAAAAUCUUCUUUUGACACUUUGACUAAUUCUUUGUUUAUUCUUUGUCUUCAGUUUGUGUUGGUUAUCAUCAUGCAGUCAGUGGGAGACAUCUUCUGUCUCAUUGAAAUGAUGGGGUUCAGUCUGUCAGUGGUUCUCACAAUGGUGUUUGCAGGACAAGUGUGGCUGAGGCGGAAAAUGCCACUUUUAAAAAGACCUAUAAUAGUGAGAUUACAGAUUGUUAAUGCAUAGAGCCAUUUAACAGUAGCAUUAGAAAAUCUUUACGACUGUUCUCAGAAUACCUUAAAAACUUGUAAAAAGCUUGUAAAUUUUUGAAAAAUCUUGAUUAUUUUUUUUACUUUCAUGUGGCUCUACAGGAGAUCUAAUUGUUAACAUUUAAUGAGCUUUCAGUUAUGUGGGUUUAUAGGCCUUAAAAAAAAUAAAAAAUUCUUAUGCUUUUAGUUUUUCCAUUGGUUGAAUGUAAUCUAGGUUAUGAAUUUUCUUAAUAAAGCUUUGACAGGGAUUAUUGAGAUAUAUGGCAUCCUUAUGUCUUCGCGAGAUGAUGGAGUAGCUAUGUAGUCCUACACUUUGAUGAGUGGCUCACUAGGCCAAUCCUAGAAUGACAAUUAUUGAGAUAUUGAUAGGGAUAUCAAUGUCAGGGAUGUAAUUGAAAUUCAAGCGAUGCAUUUAAAAAAAAAAAAAAUCAAUGGUUCUAAAAUUUAUUAUUUAGGAAUACUUAAAUUUAAAAAAAAAAAAUGUGGUGUAAUUGUAUUUAAGCAGCAUGAAUGUCACAUUUAAAUUUGACAAAGUCACAAGCCACUUUAAAGCAAGAAAUUUAUAUAUUUUUUACCUGAUUCAUUAACUUCAUUGCCCCAUUAUUUAUUUUUUUCUGUACUCUCAGGUCCCAGUGAUAAUACCAGCUCUGUUGUGCAUCAUAAAUGGGGCAAUAUUGUUCAUAACUAUUUACCAGAAGUAUGAAGAGAGCUGCCUGGCACUCAUCAUCAUAGGCUGUGGAAUUCCUGCCUACUUGUUAGGACCCAUGUGGAAGAAGCCAAAAUUGGUGCAAGGAGCGCUUGGUAAGUUUUAUUCAGGUCAUACCAUGUCAUGUUCUGUUUAGUGAUCAUGUGACCUAAAAUGUCAUUUUCAGCUAGCAAAAAUUUUUACAUGAAAAAAAUAGAAUAAUAGAAAGUAAUAAAAUUUACAAGUUUAACAAAAAAUUCUGAAAUUUUUAAUAAAUGUUCUGAAAGCUGAGAGAAUCCAUUUACUUUAUCAAAGGUGGACAUAACUCAUGUAGUUUCAUUAGGUAGCACCCCAAAAAAGUAAAAAUUGCCAAUAAAAAUAUGGUGUGUGUAUUAAAAAGUGUUGUUUUUUUUAAAUUUAGUUUAAGUAACUAAUUAUGGCCAAUGGCAGAACAGUAAUUUUGAUCUGCAUUCUAUUCUUGUUUCAAUCAAGAAUGCAGGCAGAGCCAUAGCGUGGGCCCAGCAGGUAGCCACAGAUAUUUGAGGGGCCCAAAGUUGUGAUGUCAAAAACUUUCAACUUUGAAUGUUGGGUUGGGGGAGGUCACAAAAUCAAAAGUGGCAGAGGGCCUCCAAAAGCCAUGCGAUGGCUCUGGAUGUGAUGGCUCUGGAUGUGAUGGCUCUGGAUGUGAUGGCUCUGGAUGUGAUGGCUCUGGAUCCCACUGAGAACAGCCCACUUUACUCCUGAACUCAACUGUCUUUAUUUUAAACACCCCCCCCCCCAAUACAUCUAGAUUAGCACACUUGUGAUGGCUCUGGAUGUGAUGGCUCUGGAUGUGAUGGCUCUGGAUCCCACUGAGAACAGCCCACUUUACUCCUGAACUCAACUGUCUUUAUUUUAAACACCCCCCCCCCCCAAUACAUCUAGAUUAGCACACAUAUUAAUGUAAUAAUGAUUUAUAUAUUUUUGCUUACAGAUUCUGUCACAAUAUUCCUACAGAAAUUACUCUUAGUAUCAGAACAUGAGGAUAAUGAAAAGGCUGAAGUUAUUGGAUUCCAGAAUGACAUUACUGCUUAAAUAAUGAAUCUUUAAGACUAUGUGUUAGCUGUAGUGGCUUUUACUGGCAUAGUUGUGUACCGGUAUACAUAGUUUUUUUUUUUAAUGAUAGGGUAUUUUAAUUUUUGUUUGCUUGUCUUAGAGGUGGAUUAUGUAACAAUUUUAAAUAUACCAGAUAAUUUUUAGAUGAAGAUUUUACUCUAAUUUAUUCAUGUAAAUAUUAACUGAAAAAACAAAGAAAAUUUAGUGGAAAAUAAGAUGAGAUCAAUAGGGUGGGGACAUAACACAUAUGUUAUUAAGGCAUCAACACCAUUUGCAUAUCCCUUUAAAUAUUACUUCACUUGAUAACAUCAAAACUUCUGUCAGUAACUUAUUAACAGUGAAUUAGUUAUUGUAGCUGGUCAGCAAGACUUUGUCAUUGUAGCUGGUCAGCAAGACUUUGUCAUUGUAGCUGGUCAGCAAGACUUUGUCAUUGUAGCUGGUCAGCAAGACUUUGUCAUUGUAGCUGGUCAGCAAGACUUUGUCAUUGUACUUGUACUGUUUUUUUUUUAAAAACAGGGGGUUGCAUAAACAAAUUUAGGGAAGCAAGGUCUUUACCAUUACAAUAUAAAAAUAUGACUCUCUGUUUAACUUAGUUUAAGGAAUCUUAUGCAUUUAAUAUGGCUUACCACAACCCUGGGUCAAACCAUUCUGGUCAUCUAGUAGGAAGAAAGAAAACUUAGUCCCAAAGACCAAAUAUUUCUGUUUUUUCAAUUAAAAAAAACAUUUAUGUAAGAUUGAAAUUGUUACUUUGCUAGUUUAAUUUUUAAAUCCAGGAUAUUUUAUAUUGUGUUGUAUUUGCUACAGUUUGAUUUGCUAUUUAAUAUGAAUUUUAAAAUUGUAUGUUUUUCCUUGUGCACCACUAUGUAUGUAUGGAUUUAAAAGAAUAAACAAAUGUAAUCCUAA